UGCGUAAUAAAAAAUCUCUCAUCAUAGAUUUUAGUAAAUCAUUUCUCUCUCUCUCUCUCACACACACACACACACACACAGAGUUUCUCACAUUUUGGCAAAUUCAGUUGUUUUUUUGUACACAUAGACACACACUAACCACCACCAUCAUAUUAAUAAGCUAAUAAUAUUAUUACCUCUCCCUCCCACCCACAGCCCUCCAUUAAUACAAACCAAAUUAGAGAAAAAGAAAAAACUUCCUCCCUCUUCCCUUCUCCACUUUCAUCGCUCCUUUUUUUUCCCCCUUACCUCCAUCCAUGCAUUCCUCCUCAACCCGCUUCUGAUUCUAUUGGGUAUUUUCCAUCUUCCGUUUGUUUGAAUCAUGCCCGGAAAGAAUUCCGGCGAAACCGAUUGUCGGGUGAGUAUUUAUUUUCUGAAUUGAAUAAUCAAUCAUGUGAAAAGGAGAAUCCCAAAUCAUUAAUUUUGAGGACGAAGAGGAAGAAAGGGAAGAUUUGGAAAUGCGGGUGAUCAAGGAAAUGUAUCCGCUCUGUUGCAUUUCGUUGGAGGGGAACAGGCCAUCGGCGGCGAUCGAUGAGGAGACGUUGUCAAUGGAGCCGACCCUUUUGAGGACCGGGUCAGCGGUUGUUUAUGGAUCUGACGCCAAUCACAUUGCCGGAGGAUCCGACUCCGCCGCCGCCGUCGGUGUUGCCGGCCGUCUUUACAAGUGGACUAAUUACCACAAGGGUUGGAGAUCCCGGUGGUUCACCCUCCAGAAUGGGGUGAUUUCCUACUCCAAGAGCAGGGCCCGGCCGGAGAAUCUCGUCGCCGCCGCCGGUGACGAUGUCAGGUUGAUCGGGGACGUCAACAUCCUACACCCCUCCUCCGCCGCCGCCGCAGCCGGCGGUGGCCGGCGAAAGCAUGGAAGAAAACCCACCGGCAUUGUUCAUCUCAAGGUAGUAAUUAUACUAAAAAUUAAAAGGUGCUGUGUGUGUGUGAGUGCGUGAGAGAGAGAGAGAGAGAGAGUCGGUGAACUGGAAUUGACUGUUCUCAAUGUGGGGCAAUGAUAGGCUGUGGUGGUGGAGAUAUUUUGUCAGGGUUUUCCAAUCGGCUAAAGCAAAGUGAAGGCUUGUCCUAUUGGGGGCAUUUGCUGGCUGUUUUAGUGUCUUCGUGGUUGAUGAUGCGGAUAGUAUCUGAUGAACUAAGAAUGACCGAGGAAGUGUGUGUGUUUGUGCGUGACUGCGUGUACUUUUUUUUUUCUAAUUACCUCAAUGUUACACAAUUUUUCCAGUUGUGGGAAAUAAUUUCAGGUGGAAUUUCAUAGGUCAUGUUGCCAUUUCUUGUUUAAAAAAGUGGGGAAAAAGAUUUGGGUUUUUCCUGUUUUUUUGACUAUCAUACAAAAUGUCCAAAAGGACUUGUUUUGUUUUUGAUAUCUGAGCCCCAUUUCACCCCUUUCAACCAAUGGAUAUUCAUUAUUCGGGUGUGUGGUGCUUAAUGUGAUUCAACAAUCUUUAACAGAAUUUUUAGUGAUGACAUUUUCUAGUUGGCAGUAAAAAUAUUUUCAACUGGGUGUGGAACCUGGAGUGGGUCACAUCAGCAGGUGAUUGUGAAAUAGCCAUAUUGAAGGGUAUAAGUUGUUUUAUGUUGAGCUUUGGUUAAGGUUUUAGCCUUUUGUGUUUUAUCUAUGGGAGUUUCACUGAUGGGUCACAUCAGUGUUAUUCUUUUUUUUUUUUUUUUGGUUUGAUGUUAUAAGUUAUAGAAAUAGUAUAUAUAUUGUAUUUUAGUUAUUAUUUUGUGGGGCUUGUGGAUAAAUAUUAAGUAGACCCAUUUCUUCAUUUCUGGUUUGGGCAAUGGAGAAUGACAGGAACUUGUGGUUCUAUUUUGUGCCCAGUUCUGAGUUUUGGUAACAAAUGUCCCAAGAUCUCAUCAUUUCGCGAGAGCAAGUCAGAUGAUAAGCGUUUUUACAUAUUUACAGCUACAAAGACUCUUCAUUUAAGGACUAACUUAAAGAAAGAAAGAGCAGCCUGGAUUGAAGCUUUGAGUUCUACCCGAAAUCUUUUUUCCUUGAGACCUUUAAAUGAUACCCUACUCUCCCCUUUACCAGAUGUAUCUAUAUCAACUGAGAGGCUAAAGAAGCGUUUGCGUGAUGAAGGUAUUAGUGAUAAACUUGUAAAUGAUUGUGAGCAGAUAGUGCUUUCAGAAUUUUCUGAUGUUCAAGGACAACUGAAGUUUCUCUGGGAGGAACGGUCCAACCUGCUGGACACGUUGAGACAAGUUGAGGCAGCUAAUGUCGAAACUGAAGCCCCAGGGGUUCAUUGCGGUGAAUACUCAAAUUUAGGGCGUGGAAAGUACAGUGAGUGGAGCACUACCGAGUCAUCAGAUGAUGUUGAGAAACAAGAGCUUGAGGAAGUUUCAGAUGAGGAGGAAAUAAACUUCUUUGAUACAAAUGAGUACUUUUCUGAAGCAACUGAUGGUUCUGGACCAAUAAGAGAAAAGAGCAUGGAUCGAAGUGUGGAAUUGGAAAAUCAUAUUCAUGGCAGUGAGGCUACUGAGAAGAUUGAAAGGCGUAAAAAGCUUCCAGAUCCAAUUGAGAAAGAAAAAGGGGUUAGUCUCUGGUCUAUGAUAAAAGACAAUGUUGGAAAAGAUCUUCAACGUGUGUGUCUUCCUGUGUACUUCAAUGAACCAAUUUCCACUUUGCAAAAAUGUUUCGAAGACCUGGAGUAUUCCUAUCUGUUAGAUCAGGCAUAUCAGCAUGGCCAAAAGGGGAAUAGUCUCUUAAGAAUUUUGAAUGUCGCUGCAUUCGCUGUUUCUGGAUAUUCUUCAACUGAGGGCCGCAAUUGUAAACCUUUCAAUCCUUUGUUGGGUGAGACCUAUGAAGCUGACUAUCCGGAAUUAGGAGUUCGUUUCUUCUCCGAAAAGGUUAGUCACCACCCAACACUCAUUGCCUGUCACUGUGAAGGCCGAGGAUGGAAACUCUGGGGUGAUACCAACCUGAAGUCAAAAUUUUGGGGGAGAUCUAUUCAGCUUGAUCCCGUGGGAACUAUUACGUUAGAAUUUGAUGAUGGGGAGACUUUCCGGUGGAGCAAGGUUUCGACAAGUAUUUAUAAUCUUAUCCUUGGUAAAAUAUAUUGUGACCACCAUGGAACAAUGCACAUACGUGGUAAUCGCCAGUACUCAUGCCAACUGAAGUUUAAAGAUCACUCUAUUCUUGAACGCAAUCCUCACCAGGUAAACGGAUUUGUGGAAGAUAACAAGGGUAAAAAGGUUGCUACUUUGUUUGGAAAGUGGAAUGAGGGUAUGUACUUUGUGAAUGGAGAAGGGAACAAGCCCAAAGAUACAUGUGAUGCAACUUUAUUGUGGAAGAGGAAUUUGCCUCCGACAAAUCCUACUCGCUAUAACCUAACUUCUUUUGCUAUUACAUUGAACGAGCUGACACCGGGAUUGAAGGAGAAGCUACCACCAACGGAUUCAAGAUUGAGACCGGACCAGCGGUUUUUGGAAAAUGGGGAGUAUGACAAAGCUAAUGAAGAGAAACUACGCUUGGAAACAAGGCAGAGAAUGUCAAGGAAAAUACAAGAACAUGGUUGGCAACCGAAAUGGUUCAAGAGAGAUGGUGAAGAAGGAACAUUUCGGUAUUCUGGUGGAUAUUGGGAAGCUAGAGAACUCGGAAACUGGGAUGGAUGCCCCAGUAUUUUUGGUGAAAUAAAUCAAGACCUGAUCAAUUCAUUUGAAAACUCCUGACUGUGUCCAAGGUGCAUAACUUCAUCCAUUACCACCACCUUUUAGGUCACAACGUUUGAAUCUGGUUAAUUUUAUUUGUUUAUCUGUUGCUUUCAUCAAACAGUUGUUUUUUACUUGGUCAUCAGUCUUCUAUAAAUGAGCUUGAUGUAAAAUAUUCAUUCUAAAACAUGGUUUCAAUAGAAAUAACCUCAAAGUAGCAUGGUUGCAAUAAAAGCAUAACCGGAAAUAGGACUCCAUAACUUUCCAUUUGCUUCCGGAUUGAAUCAUUUUUGUAAAUAUGAUAAGGUGUGGUGGGAUAAUUGUCCAUAUUGGCAAAAGUUAGCUCUACAAGAUGAUUUUUACGUUAGAUAUAACUUUAAUUAGCUUUAGCUUAUUUUAAGAAACAAACCUUUCCUGAUUCGUAUUGUUUUGUUCCUGUAGUAAUACAAGAAUGUGAACAGUAGAUUUUUGAUAUGUUUGACAGAUCAUGCGGUUCUCAGCAUCAGAGCUAGACAUGUGAAAUAGUGUUUCGGGUUUAGUUUGAAGCUGUUGUAAACAAGCUCGUUGGCUGGCUAGCUAGUUAGCUGUCCUCUGCUCAAGUCAGUAUGCAGCAUUCUCAUCCUGGGCUUGACAUAAGUUGAUCUUGAAAGAAUACUACUUAGAACCUCGAACCUUUUUGGCGAAAUUUUAAAGGAUAUAGAGAGUUAAUGUUUUUUUUUUUCUUUUUUUUUUUUGGGGUGGGGGGUACGUCAUUGGCAUAUUCUUAUGAGGCCAUAGUUUUUUGGUUAGUUUCUCUAAUCUAUUCCUCCAUUCAUUUGGACAGCACCUGUAGUCAUCAGUCCAUCACAUUCACCCACACUCCUCCAUAACUUAGAUAGCGAAAUUGUAUCUUCUUUAGCAACAAUAAAAAUGUAUAAAGCCUUGUAAUCUUCAUAAUUGCACAGAUUAUUAUUGUUGUAAAGGUCUAAAUAAUGCCCACAUAAUUGGGUAUCAUCCAUUUUCAUUCUAUUUUUAUUGAGGCCAUGGUCCUAGUAUCAGUGCAAUUUGAGUUUGAAAGGCACAUUUGAAGGGAAAAUGACACUCCAUCUAUGCUGAUGCGUUUUUAAAGGC